AUGGCAAUUUUGUUUAGAUUCUUAAAAUGUGCAGUUGAAGUUUCUGGAGGAAGGGGAAGGCCAUCAACACUUGUUGAUAAGGAUGAAGGUCUAGGAAAGUUUGAUCCUGUGAAAUUAAGGAAGCUCCGACCGAGUUUCAAGGACAAUGGAGGGACUGUUACUGCUGGGAAUGCCUCUAGCAUAAGCGAUGGUGCUGCUGCAUUAGUUAUAGUGAGUGGAGAGAAGGCACUGACCCUUGGGCUUCAAGUAAUUGCAAAAAUUACAGGUUACGCUGAUGCUGCUCAGGAACCAGAGUUCUUCACAACAGCUCCUGCCCUUGCAAUACCCAAAGCUAUUUCAAAAGCUGGUUUGGACGCAAAUCAAAUUGAUUACUAUGAGAUAAAUGAAGCCUUUGCUGUUGUGGCUCUUGCAAAUCAGAAGCUUCUUCAGCUUAAUCCAGAGAAGGUUAAUGUGAAUGGUGGAGCUGUGUCUUUGGGACAUCCUUUAGGAUGCAGCGGAGCUCGUAUUCUAGUCACACUGUUGGGGGUACUAAGGCAGAAAAAUGGAAAAUACGGUGUUGGUGGUGUUUGCAAUGGUGGUGGGGGUGCAUCUUCUCUUGUUGUAGAGCUCGUGUAAACUUCUUGAUGUUAGGUUUCAGGUUGUGAGUUGGACCUUGCGGAGGAAUAGUCUUUGUCGCCAUCAAACUUCAAUCAUGUGCAAUUUGAUGCUCCUUUUUUCUUCAAUUUUUUUUUUUUUUUUGUCUUUUUUGGCUGUAUUGCAAUAAGUACGUAUUGGUUCAUUUACAAAGGAAGCUAUAUUUCCAACUUUGUUAAUUUUCUUUCUCUUUGGCUUCCAUUGAAAGGAGGGCCAGCUAAUGACAUCACUAUAUUCUUUAAGAUGCA